AUGGACUGGCUACUGGAACUACCCGAAGCUUUACAAAGUAAAAUUGUCGCUAUAACACACCAAAAUCCCACAUCACAGCAAGUGUUUACAGAAUUGUACCAAUAUUUAUCUGACAACAACAAGCGAAGGAAAAUUGGACAUGAUGUAAAUACGGAAAAUGGGAACGGUUCAGCCACUGGUGCCGGUGCUGGUGGACACGAAGAAUUAACUCCAUCCUCCUCAAUUCAUCCGGACUCCGUCAUAUUUGAAAUACAGCAAGUGUCAUUUUCCUCUCCCCUUCGUAAACGAAUGAAUCUUACAUUCCACUUGAUUGAACAAAACGGUGAGCCCAUACCAGUCAUGUCUAUAGUCAACCCAGCCAACAAUGCUCCCGAAUUGUCCUUUAUCAAUUUAAAGCACGCCGUUAGGCUAUGUCUUGCUUUGCCUAUAUUGGGAAACUCGACAAACUCUCAGAAAAAGGGGAUUGCCAUGUUGUGUUUUUGGAUCCAUGACCAUUACUACACUGACCCAAAUGUGUCUAAAGAUCCAAUUAUCUGUCAAUUAAACUUGGAUAUGAUCAAGAAACAAAUGAUCAAGAAUGGUAAAUUACCCAGUGAUAUAGAAUCCCAAUUUGACUUAUCAAGUUAUAAAAACGAGGUUGUGUUGAACCCUAUACAAGAAAGAAUCAUUGACUAUUUCAAACGACAAUUUCAACUUGUUGGCAUCAAUUUGAUCAAUUAUUUACCGUGCUCAAGCAUUUUCCACAACAAGUAUAUUGUAAAUGAAGAUACCGCAGUUGCCUUAACUAGUGAGGACGGCGUCCAUCCCAAAAUUAUCAUGGUUGAAUGUCACAAGGGAGCAAGAGAUGGCAAUUUGAUCUUUUUGGAACAAAAUGAAUAUAAUGCCCCAUAUGUCAUUUUUGCAUUCAAGAAACCCAUAUUGGUAUUCAAAUUGUCUAAAGUGUUACGUGCUAGCUAUACGAGUAUCACAAAACACACAUUCAGUUUGAAUAUUGUUGUCCUUAAUGACAGGGACGAAGAACGGCCAAUGGAGUUUAGUAUGAUUGACCAAGCUUAUUUCAAUAUUAUUGACAAUUUUAUCAGACUUCAUGGAAUCAGCGAUGACUCGUAUAACAGCGUCAACAAAGAGAAAAAUACAGGGACUGGAGGUGCCGAUGCAAAUGAAGCUGUUGGUGCUGGCGCAGGUGCUGCUGAUAAUGAAGUCGACGACGAUGAUGAUGAUGAAGAUGCGGAUUUUGAAGGUAAUGACGACGGCAGCGAUGUUGCAGAAGAGUACGACAGUGCAGCUGGAAGUGCAGAUGAAGAUGCAUCAGGAGCGGAAGGAGAAGAUGACGAUGUUGAAAACGAUGAGGUAUUUACUCGAUCCAAAGAGGAAUGA